AUGCGUUGGACGCACGUCGAUCGAGGCUGCGCGGCGGACGUUCGUUUCAAAGAAGGUGGUUUCUUGCUCCGAGUUUAUUCACGACAGUAUUCAGGGAGAAGCUUGUAUGCUUUCCCUUCGAUUUUUCGUUUGUCGCUGCAACCGGCGACCCUUAGCUGGGCCGAGCGAGCUUGGCAUAGCGUUCGUCGUCAGGAGUGGGCAGUGGUUGUGGAGUCGGCGACACUCGUCCUUGCGGCUUCUUCGGCUUUUAUCGCUUCGAACGCGGUGUUGUCCAAGAACGUACCAUCUGACUUGGUUGUCGCGGAUGACAGUCGGGAUUUUGUCGUCGUCUUCUUCAAAAUUUUACUUCGUUUUUUUAAGAAGAAUCCGUUCUUCAAAAUAUCUUCCUCUUCCUCUUCUUCUUCCUCUUCUUCUUCCUCUUCCUAUUCCUCUUCUUCUUCCUCAUCCUCUUUCUGCCCGACCUCCAUUCAGACUUUAAGCUUCUAUUUGCUCCUUUCUUACACUUUCUCACAGAUUCUCGCUCUCUUUCUCUCUCAUUUAUUUUCCAUGCCUCCUCUUAACUCUCUUUUCCUUUUCCUACCUUUGCAAACCACUACCACCAAUUAA